UAUAUUUAUUUAAAGUUGCUGAUUAAUUUCAUCCCAUUGGUGCUGCUCGCUUGAUUGAUAAUGACGUCGUGAUUGGUUUAUUGGUGAUUUCAUUGGCGAUGAUGCUUCAUUCACGACGACGGGUAUGACCGUUGGUUUUGAUGGAUAGUAGUGAUAAUGGUGACUGAUAGUUGAAUGCUGGAUUGUAUGAAUGUUUAACUUCUUUCGCGCACCGUACGUAGCCCAGCCGUGACAAUUAUCGGAGGUGCGGGCGAAGGGAGGAGUGAUGAUGAUGAUGAUGGCUGAUGAUGCUAGACGACUCGAUAAUCGCUGACUCAUCACACCCUCCUCCCUCCCCGCCACAACCACUAACCCCUCUACAAGACAGACACAAACCAUUCGAUCUAUGCACCACAUUAUCAGGGCCGCUAAAUGGGAGCAGCGGUAAAGCGAAGAAAUCCGCGGAAGUCUUGUACGGCUUCCGACCGUUCCAAGCGUCGAUUAUGCCAAUGCCGAGUCACGACCGUGCUGGUGGAACUUCUGCGGAUGUCUAAACUCAGCAUCCCGCCUAUGGGAUGAGGCAUGCGCCGCCUAUAUAUAGCAGCACCACCACCACCACACACAGCGUGCGCGUGUGCUGCACUAGUGUGUCAGUGUGCGCUGCACACGUGUGUGUAUGUGUGCGCGCGCGCGCGUGGUCACGUCUACCUUAAUAGGUGCUCGCUAACGGCACUUGCACCAAAAGUAUGUUAAGGCUAUACGGAGGAUCUUCGUAUGCAAGAGUGGAACGCGCCUCUACUUCCUGGGUUGUGAUGCACACAAGCUGUAGAGCUUUCGCGUAAAAAAAAAAAGGUACGUGAACAUAACCACGUGCCAGACACUUUUUAAUAGGCAGUGGCAUUGCAACGACACGCUUACCUAGUGUUUAAUUGUUUUGUGUUUAGUUUGUUAAAAUAUAACGCAUGCGUCAUCCCCUUGAGACGGGAGCGGCUCGCUCCCGAGUGUCUAGGAGGUUUUUCUCUCUGUAACGGGCGCAGCUACAAAAUGAUCGUGCGGUUAAAGUCACGCACGCUUAUUACUGCGACAUUGCACACCUCUUUCAUUUGAAACGUGGCACCUUCUGCAGAUGAUUACAAUUUUACAGAUUGCUAAUGAUGGCGAUGAUGAUUCUCAUAGUACAUUGCUAAUAAUGAUUCUAACUGUACAGAUUGUUAAUGGCGAUAUUUCUCAUGGUGCAUGGUUCAUGAUAAUUCUAACUUUACAGAUUGUUAAUGAUGGCGAUAAUGAUUAUCAUGGUACAUUGUUAAUGAUAAUUCUAAUUUUACAGAUUGUUAAUGAUGGCGAUAAUGAUGCUACUAGUACAGGCUGUUAAAGGUGACGUCUAUUUUGCAGGAUCCUGGCUGGAUUCGCAAAAAUCAACCAUGAAUUCAUCAUCGCCCACGUGGACCGUCACUUGGCAGAUCUCACCAUCGAGCGACCUUCCUCUCAGUUUCACCACCACCACCUCGUCACCCUCCCCCUCCUCCUCAUCACCCGCCACGACAGUCCCUCGGCUCCAAUCCCCGCCCGUGAGCCUUCCCAGCCAGGGCAUCGUCAUCCCCUCCUUCACGACGGCGUCCCAGGUGCGCGUGGCGGUCACCUUCUCCCUGUGCGCCCUCUCGCUGUGCUGCAACGCGGCGGUGCUCUGGAGCGCGUCCAGAGACCGCCGUCCGCGGCGCUCCCACGUGCGCAUCCUGCUGGUGAACCUGGCCCUGUCGGACCUGCUCACCGCGUGCGUGGUCAUGCCCCUGGACGCCGCGUGGAACAUCACGGUGGGCUGGCGGGGCGGCGACGCGGCCUGCCGCCUGCUCAUGUUCCUUAAGCUGGUGGCCAUGUACUCGUGCGCCUUCGUCACCGUGGUCAUCAGCCUCGACCGCCACGCCGCCGUCACCGACCCCCUGGGGGUGUCGCGCGCCAAGCGGCGCAACAAGACGCUGCUGUGCGCCGCGUGGAGCCUCAGCGCGCUGCUCGCUCUGCCCCAGCUGUUCCUCUUCCACGUGGCGCGAGCCCCGUCGGCCGAGAGCUUCACGCAGUGCGUGACGCACGGCAGCUUCCCGCGGCGCUGGCACGAGGUGUGCUACCUCAUGUUCACCUUCUCGUGCCUCUACCUGCUGCCCCUCGUCGUCAUGCUGGCUUCCUACGGGCACAUCCUGCUGCAGAUCUCGCGCCGCGUCAAGAACGUGGAGCUGAGGGAGAUGCGCGCAUGCAACCAUGGGCCAAGCACGCUAUCGCGUGCGCGUGCACGCACGCUGUGCAUGACGGCGCUCAUCGUGAGCUCGUUCAUCGUGUGCUGGACGCCGUACUACCUGCUCGGCGUGUGGUACUGCAUCAGGCCCGCCAUGGCCUCCGAAGACCACAUCCCCGAGGCCGUCAGCCACGGCCUCUUCCUCUUUGGGCUGCUCAACGCGUGCAUCGACCCGGUCGUCUACGGCUUCUUCUCCGUGCCGCUGGGUCCCGGCUCCGCUUGCCGCCGCCGCUGCUGCUGCUUCCGCGUGGUAUCCACGGACAGAGACGCCGGCUCGGCUGCCAUUCACAACCACAAGCACAAGGGGCAACGGCAGAACACUGUGGACUCAGAUCCGACCAGUCGCCACUUAGCGCACCUGGCCUCGUGGAGGUCAUACCUCUCCUCCUCCGUGUCCUCGGCAUUCGUGGAUUUUGUACGAGGCCACUGGCACAGUCGCCGACCGCACGGUGACGCGCGCGCGGCAGCAAGGGUGCCGUCGCCCACGACGGUGUACGUCCUGAGCCAACUGUGUGAUCCUCAUGCCACCCAGGGAUAGCAGUGAGCUCCUAGAGGACCAACCCUGGUUUCACCGGAGGCAUCCGUAAGAUGUCUGGGCCACCCGUCAGAUGUCUGAGCCACCGGUAAGAUGUCUGGGCCGCCGGUAAGAUGUCUGGGCCACCGGUAAGAUGUCUGGGUCACCGGUAAGAUGUCUGGGUCACCGGUAAGAUGUCUGAGCCACCGGUAAGAUGUCUGGGUCACCGGUAAGAUGUCUGGGUCACCGGUAAGAUGUCUGGGCAACCGGUAAGAUGUCUGGGCCAGCUAUUGUGGAGUCCUGAGUCCACAUAGGUGGCAGGAUUCGGUGAAGAUUAAAACAAGCAACGUCCACGUUCACCACCGUAGCCACCGAUAUGAGCCAGCAUCAUCAUUACCACCAUCAUCAAACGUCAUUUAUCAGGGUCAGGAAGCAGUAAAAAAAAUCGUCCAACCAUAACUGCCUUUAUAAGGAAGUUACAGCUGCAGCCUUAUUUCUCCAGCUGACAAGAGUAAUUUGGUGUAGUCUCUAGCCAGCCCCUACAGCAAAAGGCGAAAUUAUUUCCAUGUGUGGCGAUCAUGGGUGCGUGACACAAUUUUUUCCCCCCGCUGGCUGUGACACUGCUGCCUAAACACCGUAAACGAUUAUUUUGUUGUCAUUUGUAAAUGCAUUCCGCCAAGUUGUCUCUCACAUGCAGCCCGGUUAGCUGUGCGCCAGGCCUCGACGUGCCAGGCCUCGUCCCGCCAGGCCUCGACGCGCUAAAAUAACAAAAUUGUAAAAAAAAAACAAUUAGCGGCCAAUUUUAUCCAGGUUGUACUCUCCAUGACGAAUCAUUAAUUAGGAUUUCCUACAGAGCAGUGCAUCCCUGCGCGUUAUAGAUCUGCCCUCGGAAGUGGAUGUCGCAGAGCUGCCUCUGAGAUUCUUGUUAGUGACCUCCCGUCCACAAAGUUGAGGGACGACGCUUUCCCACUCAUCCCGCCACUGAGAGUGAUGUUGUUCGCCGCAAUGACCCCCCCCCAACCGAUAUUCAUCAUUCUCAGAGCUUGUACCCAGAGAAAUUGAAAAACAGAACCAAACUUAACGUGACGGACUUUUUGCGUGCAGUCAACUCCAGCAGGAGGUGCAGUGCUCAGAGAGAACCAGCCAUCGCGAGCCAUAUCUCUCGUAUUGAAUCAUGUCAUCAUCUGUAAAAAAAAAAAAACACAAAGAGAACUUAAAACACGGUACAACGUUGGGCCAACGUUCGUCCGAUGGUUCCAAAACAACGUUUUUUUGGGCCGACGUUGUUGGCAUGUUUACCGGGUUAUUAGAGUGGUGACUGAUUGAACUCGAGUUUCAUUUGCAAUGUCAAACAAGAUGCUGGGCUAAAGUGGGAAACAUCGGGUGAUCGCGUCGGCACGGGCCUGCCUAUAAACCAGCGGCUUGUGAAAGUUGCAACUUUGCGCGAGAAAUUUCACCAACGCCAUCGUAAAUAUUCAUGGCCGGACACAUUCGCCGUGACGAACGUUCUAACCCCCCCACCCACCCGCUGCGUCUUCUCGUUAAACUAAUUUACGCUACUUGGCGACAUCGCUAUAUAUAGAUACCGUAUACAAUUUAAACAAGGUUGUUUGCAGGAAUAUCGUUACGUCGCGCGAUUAUCGUUGUUUUCAAAGUUUGCUCCUGCGACGGGGUUGCUCCGCGAAACGUCUUCCCCUUACAGUCCAAAUUGACGGCGCGAUUUUAAUCCGCCGGUCGCGGCAAAGCCUCACGUUAGUGAAAAUAUCCUCAAUCUGGCAAAAAUCCGCGAUACGAAAAUUCAAAGGCAAAUUUGAUUAAAAAAAAAUAAAAACUCCCGAGGGGUUUGUUUGUGUGACGGUUUCAUAAUAAGACACCCAACCACCCCGGCCAUUGUUGUUUUACCUUACCCUACAAGCCGACAUCAACACAAACAUAAAUAAAAAAACAUCAAGUAUUUCUAAUGUAAAAAAAUGACAGAAUAUUUUUUUUGUUAGCGUUGAGUAUAACCUGCACGUGAAAUGCACAGAAUGAAAAAUAACAACGCAGCGUUGCGAUACUGCGCGUGCAUCCGUGCGCAUUAAUUGUACACUAAACACGAAUUAGUAGGGCAAAGCGUAGACGGUGGGGGGGGGGGGGCAGUGCACAAGGGGAGAGAAAUGUCAGGCGCGGCUGAGCCUCGCUUGGCUGUGGGAACGUCGCGCGGCCUUGGGGCCCGCGAUGGGCCGCACGAGAGAGACGGAGACGAAACGGAGUUGAAACGAAGACGAAAUGGAGACGAGACGGAGGUUCGAGACGGCGGACGGCGGCGUCGGCGUCGUCCGUCCGUCCGUCGUGCAUCCAAAAAUGUGAGGA